GUGGGGCGGGGCGGGGGCUGCCGGGUGCCCCGGGCUGCUGUCGGAGUGCAGCGGCUGUCCCGGCCUUGCCCGGCGCCGGAACCGGCGGGGCCAUGGCGCUGCGCGCCGGCGGGAGCUGGGCCCGCCGGGGCUGGGCGCUGCGCGGCCGCAGCUCGGGGCCGCGGCACGCCGGGGACACCCCGCAGCACCGCGACCUGCGGGAAGCCCUCCGGAAGAUCAUUGACAAGGAGAUUAAUCCCUUUGUGGAUAAGUGGGAAGAAGAAGGACAGUUCCCAGCACAUAAAGUGUUUAAAAUCCUGGGACAGGCUGGAUUCCUUGGUGUGGAUAAGCCAACAGAGUAUGGCGGCAUGGGUUUGGACUUCUCCUAUAAUAUUGCAGUGGCAGAAGAGCUGGGAAAUAUCCAUUGUGGAGGUAUUCCCAUGGCCAUUGGAGUGCAAGCUGGCAUGGCUACCCCUGCUCUUGCAAGGUUUGGUUCUCAUGAGUUGAAAAAACAGUUCCUCGUACCAACUGUAGCUGGUGAUUUUGUGGCUUGCUUGGGAGUCAGUGAAGUUGGAGCUGGGUCAGAUGUCGCAAAUAUCAAGACAACGGCUGUGAGAAAGGGUGAUGAAUAUAUCAUAAAUGGAGGUAAGAUGUGGAUUACGUCCGGGAGCCAGGCAGACUGGAUGUGCCUCCUGGCAAACACCAGCGAAGGACCUCCCCAUCAAAAUAAAUCUCUCAUAUGUCUGCCAAUGAAUCUACCUGGCAUUCAUAUUGCUAAAAAGAUAGACAAACUGGGUAUGAGGUCAUCGGACACAGCUCAGAUCUUCUUUGAAGACGUAAGGGUCCCCUGCAAGAACCUCAUCGGUGAGGAAGGAAAGGGUUUCAUGUACCAGAUGUUGCAAUUCCAAGAAGAGCGGCUGUGGGGAGUAGCCAGUGCCCUGACACCAAUGGAAAAAAUUAUACAAGAAACUAUUGACUACACACGGCAGCGGAAGGUGUUUGGCCAGCCUGUCCUGCACAACCAAACCGUGCACUUCCGCCUGGCCGAGCUGGCAACCGAAGUGGAGCUCCUGCGCUCGCUGCUGCACCGCGCCGUGGCUCUCUAUAUAGAAGGCAACGAUGUGACAAAAUUUGCUUCCAUGGCUAAGCUAAAGGCAGGUCGUCUGACCCGUGAAGUGACUGAUAGCUGUCUCCAGUUUUGGGGAGGAAUGGGAUUCACCAGUGAAGUUCUCGUGAGCAGGCUUUACAGGGACUUUAGAUUGAUGUCAAUAGGAGGUGGCACAGAUGAAACCAUGCUUUCCAUCAUAUGCAAAUACAUGGACAUACUUCCAAGACAGUGACGCAUCUGCACUCUUCCUUGAAAAAUAAGAAAGCAAGAGCAUGACUUGUGCUGCACAAUGAAGGUGACAAGCAGCCAGUACACUUCGAGCAGAAAACAGAUCAGUAAUUUUGCAAUCAGAAUGCACAUCAAUGUUUUUCACCAUUACCACUCUGUGUUUUCCAGUGUCAAAUUUUUGUUGAUAUGAAGCACUCUGAAACCUUGCAUUCUGUUUUCUCAGUGGGUUACCUAAGUUUUCCAAUGACCCAUGCUAAUCAGACAGAAAAAAAAUAUGUUCUUUAAUCAAGCUUUAUCUACACUUCAGAGCAUCUAUGCAGACAAUUACGAAUCAGAACCUCCAUACAAAUGGAAGCUAUGUAGCUUAAUCUCAUUUCAGUAUAGCUUUGCUUUCAAGAUGAACAAUCAUGGCACAAAUUAUUCCUUGCCAUAAUGAAACCCCAGAACAGUGCCUUUCCUCUCAAUUACAGGUACCUUCCCUAUCUUUCACUUUUAGAAAGCAAUCAUUAAAAUGAGCUCUGUCAUCUUUGCCAAAUCCAUAUCAAUUUGUACUCCACUCUGUCAUGUAUUUUUGGUGAUGGGAGUUGUGUUAAAUUUUUAUUUGCAGAAUUCUACUAACAACUGUUUAAGUGUAUCUGAAGUUUGCAGAGGCCUGAACUUCAGCAGCAAUGUACCAUGUUGUGUGCAUAAUUAUUAAGAAAAAUAUUGAAAAUAAACACAUUCAUAUGAAAA